AAGUAGCAUGGCUUAAUAGAAAGAUCACUGAAAUUGGAGACGGGAAAUCCUGGAUUCAGAUCCUACUCCAAUACUUAGAUUUGGAGAGAGAAUCAAAUAGCCACCCAUCUGCUCCAAUGUAAUGUCAAGACAAUGAGAGCAAAGCAACUUUGGUGGACCUCCUUUGGAAGACAUGAACAAAAGUCAGCCACGAUGAGACGGCAAGACGGACUGCAAUCUGUACCCUUAGAAAUGAAGCCACAGGUCCUACAAAGAUAUCCCACAAAAAUCCUUCACCUCCUCCCCUGGAUUCAAGUGAACCACUUCCUAGUACUGACAACACCACAGAGGCUCCUGCAAAUAUGGGGAUCACUUUAAAGGAUGCAGCUACAAAGUUAUCAGAGAAACCAGGCCUCUGCCCUAAGGAUCUCCUUCCAUGCAAAGAGCUAUGCCAUGGAGAUGAUUCCUGCCCUCAUGGCCAGAAAUGCUGCAGCACAGGCUGUGGGCACAUGUGCCAGGGAAACACUGAAGGAGGGUGGAAUGGCCAUUGUCCACUUAUCCUCCAGAGCCUUUGUAUAAUGGGCUGCAAAACUGAUGAGAACUGUCCACAUGGAGAGAAAUGCUGCAAGUCUGGCUGUGGCCAGUUCUGUGUGGCCCCUAUCCUAACUCAAAACUCCACCCAGACCCCUGAGGAGGAGCCUGCCCCUCAAAACUUUAAAGAGACUCCAAUCCCCAAAAUACUUCCAGUUCUAGAAACCCAGGUGAACUAGGUGACCUGAUGUCCCAGAGCUUCCUCAACUCCAGGAACAGCUGGACUUCACUGGCCUCCUGGGGUCCCUGACCUUGGGGAAUAGAUGGCUCUACUCACUGGCCCCUCAAUUCUGCCCCCAUUGCUCUUCUAGGAUCCUGCAACACAGCUUUGGGAA